CGGUUUGAGCUCAGGGGUAGGGACCGCCCUGGAGCUAACAGAGGAGGAGGGCUGGGGGCCUCGCAUGCUCUGUUGAAGGGGGGUAGCUUUCCUGUUAGUCAGUUGAUUUGGAAUCAGCGUGGAGUGAAUGGGGAAGAGGGUGGCCAGCGUGAUGAUGCAGUGUUGAGGGGAGCUGAGGAGAUGACGGGCUCGCAGUGCCAGCUGUGCUGCCGCGGCCGCUGCCGGAAGAGGGGCCGGCUGCUUGGCUGGUGGGAGGGUUAUCCGGGCUUUUGCCCACUUUUCUUUGUUGCUCACUUUAGUGGGCAUUUUGCAAAGGAUCAUUCCUUCUCAGGAAGGAAGGUAAAUAAAAAUACAUCUCCAAGUAGAGGGGCAGACAGUGGAGUUCAGUCACCCUUGUCGCCCAUUUAUUGUAAUAGCAGCUCAUGGGGCUUGUCUGCUCUGGGUCUCAAGUCUCAUGUGACCCCAGGAGGCUUGUGGAACUAGCUCACGUGUUUUGGGGCGUGAACAAAACUUGCUAAAGAGAAGGGGAUUUUUCAGUGAAAGAGGUGGAGGAGAAUCCCUGAGAGGUUGCCUUUGUCUGGUAGUACUCUGAUUUAAUCCCAAGUGGCAGCUUUUAGUGCAUGCCCUUGUGUAUUUCCAUGCCAUACACGUCUUCAUUUUCCUCCUUUCAUUCAACAAAGACAGCUAGAGGCAGCCAAUUGACUCUUUAACUAGUGGGUUCCUACAUGCAUGGGGACACGAGGAGGCUUGAGCCAGGUGUGGGUAUUAUUAGCAAAGCCCAUUCAUUCUGCUGUCUUCAGCCCAGUGCUCCUGAGAACACUCGGGACCCUCUAAUCAGCUUUGACGUUAUGUGAGAGGGGGUCCUGGCUUCUGAGACCAUGGCAUGCUUUACUACAGAACUUCAGAUAGAAGAGAGAAAGCCAAAAGUCAGUUGAAAAAUUUUAUUCUACUGGAGGUUAAAUUUAAAGCCCAUGCUCAUCUUUUUUUUUUUAAUUGAAUUAUAGUUGAUUUACAAUGUGUUAAUUACUGCUGUAUAGCAAAGUGAUUCAGUUAUACAUAUAUAUAUUCAUUUUUUAUAUUCUUUUCUAUUAUGGUUUAUCAUAGAAUAUUGAAUAUAGUUCUCUGUGCUAGACAGUAGGACCUUGUUGUUUAUCCAUUCUAGAUAUAAAAGCUUACAUCUGCUCACCCCAACCUCCCACUCCAUCCCUCCCCCAACUGCUUCCCCUUGGCAACCACCAGUCUAUUCUCAACGUCCAUGGUUCUGUUUCUGUUUCAUAGAUAGGUUCAUUUUUUUGUUUGUUUGUUUUUGUUUUUUGCGGUACGUGGGCCUCUCACCAUUGCGGCCUCUCCCGUUGCGGAGCACAGGCUCCGGAUGCGCAGGCCCAGUGGCCAUGGCUCACGGGCUCAGCCGCUCCACGGCACGUGGGAUCCUCCCAGACCGGGACACGAACCCGUGUCCCCUGCAUCGGAAGGCGGACCCUCAACCACUGCGCCACCAGGGAAGCCCAUAGAUAGGUUCAUUUGUGUCAUACUUUAGAUUCCACAUAUAAGUGAUAUCAUAUGGUAUUUGUCUUUCUCUUUCUGACUUACUUCACUUAGUAUGAUAAUCUCUAGUUGUACCCAUGUUGCUACAAAUGGCAUUAUUUUGUGCUUUUUUAUGACUGAGUAGUAUUCCAUUGUAUAUAUGUACAACAUCCUCUUUUUUCUUUUUUAUAAAUCUAUUUAUUUUUGGCUGAGUUGGGUCUUCGUUGCUGCAUGCAGUCUUUCUCUAGUUGGCGGUGAGCGGGGCUACUCUUCGUUGCGGUGCAUGGGCUUCUCAUUGCAGUGGCCUCUCUUGUUGUGCAGUAUGGGCUCUAGGCGUGUGGGCUUCAGUAGUUGUGGCGCAUGGGCUCUAGAGCGCAGGCUCAGUAGUUGUGGCGCACGGGCUUAGUUGCUCCGCAGCAUGUGGGAUCUUCCCAGACCAGGGCUCAAACCCGUGUCCCCUGCACUGGCAGGCGGAUUCUUAACCACUGCGCCACCAGGGAAGUCCAGUACCACAUCUUCUUUAUCCAUUCAUCUGUCAACGGACAUUUAGGUUGUUUCCGUGUCUUAGCUAUUGUGAAUAGUGCUGCUAUGAACAUAGUGGUGCAUGUAUCUUUUUGGAUUAUAGUUUUGUCUGGAUAUAUGCCCAGGAGUGGGAUUGCUGGAUCAUAUGGUAGUUCUAUUUUUAGUUUUCUGCGGAACCUCCAUAUUGUUUCCCACAGUGGCUGCACCAACUUACAUUCCCACCAACAGUGUAGGAGGGUUUCUUUUUCUCCACACCCUUUCCAGCAUUUGUGACUUGUAGACUUUUUAAUGAUGGCCAUUCUGACUGGUGUGGGUGGUACCUCAUUGUAGUUGUGAUUUGCAUUUCUCUGAUAAUUAGCCAUGUUGAGCAUCUUUUCAUGUGCCUAUUAAGCCCAAGCUCAUCUUGACCCUGUGUGCUUUCUGAAUGAAAGUAUCUAGUUUCUACUUUACCAACAUCACUUCCUUGGUGGCAGCUUUGUCAGUCGGUUAUGCCUGCGGUCUGAGUCACUGCUGCUCUCCACCCGUUGGCUGGGGUCAGCCCAAUUUCCAAUCCGGCUUUGACCCAGGCAGAAUCCCACAAGGAAUUUCAGCCCCACGAGCCGGCGGAGGCAGGGACUAGCCACCUGGCCACAGACCCAGGGUACUGGGCAGCCUUUCCAUCAGCUGCUCAGACUCCUGGCCCACUGCUCCCUGUGCCAGAUGCUUUAUCUGCAUUAUUCCCCCAUCUGUAGCUGAACACAGUGAGGCUCAGAGAGGUUAAGUAACUUACCCAAGAUCACUCAGCUACUAAGUGCCCUAGACAAGAAACCUAGGUCUUCCUGAACUCAGAGGUCCUCACCCACCCUGCCCUCAUAUUCCCAUAUUGAACCUUCAUCUUCUCCUUGGUUCUGUCACCCCUGUUUCUCACUCACGGAUUGCUGGAGUGUUCUUCUGAGUAGAUACAGUGCCCAGAACCCUGGCCUAGUUGAUCUGACUACUGCAGCUGGCCAGACCCCAUACUGGACUGGGCCCCCAUGGAUGCAGACCCUGGGCCACGUCAGGCUCACCACUCUGACCACUCCUUGUCAGGCACGGCAUCUUGGGCUGCUUCCAGGCCUGCUCUGUCCAGUCCAUUUCAAUCCCCAGCCCCUGCCCUCCUGGUCCCAUGUCCCCAUCUCCCCCAUGCCAGCCCCUGGUGCUGAGGUCACCCCAGCGUGACUGCUGCUGAUGGACCCACCAGGCACUGGUUGUGUGAGUUAUGAAGCCACCCUGAGCCAGUUUCCUCAUCUGCAAAGUGGGUGAUAAGUCCAGGAGUUGUGACUACCCGCGGUGCCAAUGAACUACCCCAGGCAAACCUCAUGGCCAGGCAGAGCUGCAUCAGCUCACAGCGUUUGUAACAAGGUGACUCGAGGGCACAGUGCAAACCCUCUGCUCCCGCCCAGGAGCUGGCCAUGCGGGAGCUAGAAAGGCAGCAUCAGCCUGAGAGGACAACCUCAACGUCAGGCUGCUGUGGGCUUGACUCCAAAGGAGAGCAAUGAUGACGGCCGUGCUCUGUGCCCCACAGGAGUCCAGUCAGCUGACCCUGUGCACCCCACUGAGAACAGUUCCUGCCCUUGACUGCAAGUUAAAGGGAGAUCGGGGUCUGCAGCUUGGGAUGGGGGAGUCAGUCAUAGCUUCUGAUGCCCGGCAGAGGCUGGGAUUCUGGUUCUGCCGCCUCCUAGCUGGGUCACAUUGGCCCAGUCUCGCUGACACCUUCUCACAUCUAAAAUGAAAAGUCUCUCAAGGCUGUUGGAAGGAUUAAAUAUGCCCCAGUAUUGUAGGUCAGAGUACCUAGCAUAUAGCAGAUCCUCAACAAAUGUGUUUUCUUCACAGUCUUUGCUGCUGCCUGGACAGUCUGUUGCGAUGCCCAACGCCUCCCCCAUGGCGGGCACCCUGUACCCAGUGCUCAGUGCCCACCCUUUUUCUGGUCCGCAGGCCCAGCAUUUGUCUGGGCUAGCACCUCCAAUUCUGAUGCCUGCUGUUUGAUGCCCAGGCCCCUGCCUGGGUCAUGCCUGACCUGGGGCAGGCAGUGUGCACGAGGCAGAAAGCUGGAAAUCCAAGACCGCAGACCAAGCUCUGCCCCUCGCUCUGAUCUCUGGGCAAAAGCCACUUCACUUUUUUCUAAGCCUCAGCUGGAAAAAAUAGACACCCCAACACUUACCCUGCCUUCCUCGUGGACAUGUGGCCAGGUACCCAGAUGCCCUUUAGAAAGGGCCAUCUGGUUGUGUCCAAAAUGGUUCCGAGAGUCUGCGCCCUGGAGCCAGGACUGUCUAGGUUUGAGCCCGCACCACUUCCUAGCUGCACGACCACGGGAAAGUUCAACCUGACUCUGUUCUCUCAAAGACAACGGCGGUGAUUGUAGUCCCGGCCUCGCGUCUGGUGGUUGUAUACACUGGAUGGUAACCAGGAAUGCGUAUAAAACAUUUAGAGUUGAGCCUGGUGCAUAAUCAGUGUUAAUCACCUCCUCCUAGAAGGCUGUGUCUUCAGACCUUUCCUGUUUACCUGACGCUACACUGUCAGUACUAACCCACUGCCCUCGUUUCUCUUCCUCACUGGAUGCUGGGCUGGCCUCCGCAUCCCAGCUCCUGGCCCGUCCCCUGCACCAAGUGCUGCCCAUAGUUGGGGCCAAUAGUCUGCUUGGAGGAGCUUCCCCAGGAAUGUGGCUUUAUGGUGCUGCUCACCCAGUGAUGUUUUUAAUAAGGGAAAAAGAAGAGAAAGGGAAGGGAGGAAGGGAGGAGGAAGGAAGAGAAAGGAGGAGAGGAGGAUGGGCUUGGAGUCUGGGGUCUGCUCUAGGCUGCAGGCAGGUUUGGGAAUGAGAGUAAGAGGGCAUCAUUUACGUCUCUUAAGUGCAGAGUUCUGGGGAGAUUCCAGCUGUGUCCACUGGCUCUGUCUGGAAAGUACAGAUGCUCUUUUCCUUUUCUCGUCGCCUGCUUGUUUCCCCUGCCCACCUUUUUGGUGGAGGCAGCUGGAAAGGCAUUUCUCGCCCAUGGGAUGACACUCUGCUUUGUUAUCCCCAGGCGGGGUGUGGUGCCUUUAACCUUGGAAGAGCACUCGUCGGAUAAGGUGUUUCUCUGCUGGGCGAUGUCACAGACCACGGGUCUAAGGGAGACUCUGUGAGGCACUGGCCUGGCUGAGAGCCUCUGAGCAGGCCUGGCUUCUGUAGCAGGGCAGGGCACGGCCUGCAUCACAGUAAAGGAGGUGCUGAUUACUGAGCACCCACAAUGGCUAGGCUGUGCCAUGUAUAAGAACCCUGCCAGGUGGGGCUGGCAUCCCAUUUCACAGAGAGGGAAACUGGGACUCGGAGGGGUUAAGUCGGCGAGAGGCUGAAUUGGAAUUCAGACCAGGGCGGUGAGGCUCUGAAGCCUGUCUCCUCUCCUCUCCUCUCCGCUGCCUUAGAAGAUUGAGAGGGCACUGCCAAUUUAAAUGGUUUGCAGACCUGAGGAGCCCCGGGCCACAUGCUGGGUGGGCGGAAUGGGGUUCCAGGAGGCUGGAUUAAGCUGUCCAGUGUGAGUGACAACAGGCACCCAGCCUGCCCUCCGUGCCUCUCUGGGAUUUGGUGCGGAGUCACUGGUCUUCAGUAACCAAGGCUACAGUCUUCAUGGGCGCUUGAACCACGAGCUCACCAAGCUGAAGGCAAGGUUUACAGAGGUGUGAUAGAGGCAGGAGCCUCACUGUGUGGACCUGACAUGUCAGACGCCUUGCGUGUAUCCGCUCCAGGGUACCAAGGAACCAGGGGGCCCAUCUUCCCAGACACAGAGCAAAGUGUGACGUCCUGGGAUCACCACACCUCCUAUCCCUGACUUAAACACACACCCAGAGCUGGGAGGGGCCCUGCGGUCACCGAGUCCACACCCUGCCUCUUGGCAGGGCGAUACUUGGGUUGCUCUAGACCGGCUGGCACCAGGCCUGUGCUGCCCUGCAGAUUCUUCCAGAUGGAGUCCCGGAGCCCCAAGGAGAUUGAGCUCUUAUUUUGGAAACAGCCUCAUGUUCCCAGCACACCUCUCACACACUUCACUCUGGACAGAAGAAGGACAUGGGAUCUUUUCCCCAGUAGUCUCACCCGACAGCAUCCAUCCCUGCUGCUCUGGCCCCAGUCCUGCUCUCUGGAGUUUAAUGAGGGUGGAACAUCUAAUGCGCCUGGACUUCUAAGUCCUUCCUACUUCCUUCUAAGACUCUUACCCAGGUCUUGACUGGAGACCUCUGGAUGGAAUGCGAGGCUCACGGAACCCUGAGAUCAUAUUCGGAAGUUGGCGUGCUUGCCGUGGACCAAGGAGCCAUAGCUUCCAUCAGUUGUCAAAGGGGCCAUGUUCCAAGGCUUCAGAGCCCUGGGUGCCUGGCUACAAUGACCUGUCCCAUCCGAUGGUGUCCCUGUACUGGGCACAGUGCUGAAGGGCAGGACUCUGGAGCCAGGCUGCCUGACUUUGAAUCAUGACUCUAUCUCUUACUGGUGAUUUUGGGCAGGUUUCGUAACCUCUCUCAGUUUCCUUAUCUAUAAAACAGGGUACCUGCCCUCAUGGGGUUGUUGUGAAGAUUAAAUGAGUUAAUCCACAUAAAGUUCUUCAUCUGUGCUAAAGUAUUACUUCUCCCCAUCACCCUGUGAAGUCAAGUCAAGGGUGAUCCUCACCCCUCUUCUGUUGAAGAACAGUGGAGACUGUAACUGAGGAACAGAGCCUCUGCCUGCAAAUGCAGCAGGUCCCGCCGGCUAGCCAGUGAGGUCACUGCAGAGAGGAAGUUGGCCUGUGACGCUCUCAGGGGUGGGAGGGCUCCGUUUAGGGAAGCUGGGAAAUAAACUGGAUCUGCCAACAGUUUCAGUCACAGGACACAGGAGGCUGGAGGGGGCUUUAGGUAUGAGUCAGAAGCCACACAGCCGAAUGGGCCUGACACCCUGGCCUGUGAGCAGCUCCAUGAUGGCCUCCUUGAGGCCACCCUAUCUAAUCUGAUUUCCAGAAAAACAAGAGCUACCGUUUAUCCAGCACUAUGAGGCAAGCAUGUUAACACGUGAUCUUAAUCCAUUCAAUCCCACUAUGAGGAAGUAGUAUUAUCCCCAAUUUAUUGGUGCCAAAACUAAGAUUCAGACAUAGCUGCUAAGUGGCAGAACUGCGAUUCAAAGCCAGGUCUGUCUGACUCCAGGACUCCAGCUCCUAAAGAUUUUGACAGCAGCAAUUCGCAUCAGAAUCACCAGAGCACUUGAGAGACUGCAGACUGCUGCACCCACCUGCAGGGAUUCCCAUUUCACAGGUCUGGGGUGGGGCACGAGAAGGCGCAUUUUUUAACAAAUUCCCAGGCGGUGCUGAUGCUGCCGGUCUAGGAACCCCACUUGGAGAACCAAAGGUGCUGGACCACCAGAGACGGAUGAGGGGCUGUCAGGAGCUGAUGACCUGGCCUGAGCAAAGAGAGAGCAAGGGCUCCGUCUGCUCCCGUUCCAGUCGGGGGCUCAGGACUGGAAGGUCUUUAAAGUGGCAAACGCAUUGUGGAUGCUCGCACAUCGUUCCUUAAGCUGAUCACGGAUGGGGCAGAGACUGUUUAAGUGCCAAGCUCAUCUUCUCCACCAGCCCCCAAGGCUGGCGCCCCGUGGCUUUACUCCUCAGUUGCAUCUUUCCCACCUGCUCCCUUCACCAUCAGUAUUCAGGAGGGAGGAGGGAGUGAGAAAGGGUAGGGCCUGAGGGCUGAGUCAGCCCCUGCCCACUGCUUGGAGUUGCAAGUCCGGGUGGGGGGGGUGCAGGGCCGCCUCCUGCUAGGGGUGCGGUCACGCCUCCUACCUGUUCUCGGGCACCCAUUAGCUGCUGAGGUGGUAUUAACUGUUUUUCAUUUUGCUGAGUCUUUGCUGAGACUCAAAAAGGGAAAUGAGCCAUUACCAGACAGCAGCCCUUUUUGAAACAGAAACUGAAUUGACUGCAUUUUCUAAUAACAUUUUGUGAGCUAAGAACGCAGAAGUCUGGCCUUGCUUUAUCAAAGUCGUCUUUCAGAAGUAGUUGUCUCUGGCUCGCCUUCUGCUCACACAGUUCUGUGAGAAGGGGUGGGAAGGGUCAUAUGCCCAAAUGUGCCAGCCUGUUAGUGCCACACCAGCUGGUAUUUAAUGGCUGAUCCAUAGCCUCUUGUGAGGAUGUCAGGAAAUCCCCCUUUCCUUGCUUUUUGCUGCUCCAGACCUUUGGGCUCUGCCCUGACGGGUAAGGACUAACCAGCUCAAUUCUUGAAAUAGAGAGCCAGUGUGCAGAGCUCACAAUCAGGGGACUUUGGGCAAGUCACUAACCUCCCUGAGCCUUAGUGUGCUUACCUGCAAAAUGGGGAUAUUAAUCUUGCAUAUCUCAAAAUCCUGAUCGGGGCAGAGUGCCCUGUAAACUGCAAAGGGUAUACAAGAUAUUAGCUCUUGUUGUUAUUAUUAAACUACCUGUAGGUCCAUUUGUAACCCCAUUCCAUGGGGCAAGGAAUCUGCAGAUCUAAGGGGACAUGACAGCCUGGAGGUCACACCUCUUCCCCCUUCUGGACCAUCCUCUGGGUACCCAGGAUCCCUUGCCUAAAUGGGCUCAAACUGCAACCAGGACCUGGGCAGGCUCUUUCCUAGGUCCAUCCCCCCAAGGGCAGACUGCUCGAGGAACUUCUAGAUUCAAGGGAUGGCUGUGUGCAAGUGGUACUGAGUUGGGACAUAUGGGUUGGGGUAGCCACAUUGUGCCUAGGAGACUUCUCCAGGUGUGGGACAGAGCCAUCACAUUCCAGAGUCAGAGAAUUCCAGAUUCAAACCUUCUGGGUUGUUAUAACAGUGUAUGUGUCAAGGUAGGAGGGAGAAUAUAUUGUAUUUAAGUUUGCUACCUGAUUUAUAACUAACGUAUUGAGACACAUGGUAUAUGGGCCUCCAUUGGUAGUCUUGCCCCGGGCCCACAGAUGUUCCUUUUUAUUACUAGAAGUUUGAAUUCCACUUCCUUUGAGCCAGGUCAACCUCUUAUUUUCUUCAUUGAGUCUAUCCUCCUAUUUCCUCUUCUCUGUCUUUCUAAAUAUUCAAAGCCGUGCCUUAUUAGAAAUGUAGCCAGGACUAGUAGAAAUUCGUCGAGAUUCCAGGGGCUCCCUUUCUUCUCUUCCUUAAACCAUUUCUCACCCCCUAGAGACACACAGGACAGACCAUGGGCAGGAACAUGAGUCCCCUCGUCGAUGGCUGGCCUCCUUUUUGUCUCCUAAGCAGUAUCUAGACAGUGGGUGUCUGUACCACUUCAGGGUAUGAAGAUAGAGCUCCAUGCCGCUGCCACUAUGGUAACCCCUAAACCAUGGGGACUAGACGAUUCUAAAAAAAGCCAUGGGCUCCAUCCUGGGGGGUGGGGGAGGCCCAAGAAGCCUAGAAUUUUGUACAAGGAGCAACUAUAGGAAGAGGGGUCCUGCCUGGUCCUCCUGCAUCUCCAUCCUGGAAGGGUGCAGGUCCUCAGGUGACAGAAGGGGCGAAAGUUGGUUGCUGAGAGGUAGCAGCCGACAACUGCACGCCAUGAGUUGAGGCCCCAUCAGGUUCCCCUACCUCUUCCUUGGCUUGCUGUUGCUGGUGUCAUUAUCCACAUUUUGCUCCAUAUAAAACCCUUUCCCAAUGUCCCCUUUCCUAUUCAGAUACCCUUUGGCAAUGCAGAGACUCUGAUGCGGAAGUAGUUGGUUGCUCUGACAGGAAGAGUUGCUCUUUCCCCCUUGCCCUCUGUGGUCCUGGGAAGAUGCAGACAGUAGUCAGACAGCCUUUGGUACACAUCAACUUCUGCUGAACGGCUGUUUAUCUCACCUGUGCCUGAGAUGGCUAUAUGUAGAGGAGGAAGGGCGAGGGGAGACAAGGCUUGCAGUGGACCCGCUAGGGGCUAUCUCCCGCUCCCCACCUGCCCCACAGACCCUGAGAGAAUCAGCCCAAAUGCUGGCUAUUAGACAACUCCAGGACUCCACUGUUUUUCCAAGUGUUGAGAGUGAACUAUUGGUACUGUGCUGGGUGAAUUUAGGUGCCAUCCAGCAGAGCAUUCAACAACACAGAAUCUCAGCACGGGGAAGUUCUUCCCUUUUCAGUUCUUUCAAUCCUAAUUAUCCAUAGGAGGAACUUUCAGUUUAAUUUGUGAGUAUCUUCAACACCUCGCUAAAACUUGCUCUUCUUCCUUUUUUUUUUGCGGUAUGCGGGCCUCUCACUGUUGUGGCCUCUCCCGUUGCGGAGCACAGGCUCCGGACACGCAGGCUCAGCGGCCAUGGCUCACGGGCCCAGCCGCUCCACGGCACGUGGGAUCCUCCCGCACCGGGGCACGAACCCGUGUCCCCUGCAUCGGCAGGCGGGCUCUCAACCACUGCGCCACCAGGGAAGCCCUCUUCUUCCUUUUUAACAAAAUGAGAUCAGGCCUCAGUUCAAGGUCUUGCCCACUAGAAUUGAGAACAAUGGUUUGUUUUUAUUUGUAUUUCUACUUAGAGCUUCGUACCUUCUAUUUAUGACAGGUGAUUAUUGGUUUGCUAGUGAAGUAAAGAUACACAGUUUGCUUUUUAAAGAAAAUUUAAGUAAAGCAGCUGAGUUAACGAGUAUCAAAUUUAAAAGAUACAGGUAUUAUUUGGAUAUGGCAAACAUCAUUCAGUUUUAUUAUUUUAAAGGCAGGGAAAUUGAGACCCAGGCAGGAGUCCCCAGAACCCAGGAUGGGUAAGUGUCUCUAACAUUUAGGAAGGACACAGACAUCUAUCUUCCCUGAAAACCAUAGACUGUGUUCUGCUUGAAGGUCACAGGCUAGGUAAGGCCCCCUUCUAAGUUCAGGCUCGCAUUAACUCCUUUUGUGGGUGGUGUUUUCACUACUUCCAUUUUAGCCAAUAAAAGUGAGAACUUCUGAAGUUACUGAUUGUCCCUUUGAAACUCAGGGCACAAACCUGGCUAUUUUUGGAGACAAAGGGCUUCAUCCCUGUAGCUAGCAGUGACUGGUAGGGAGGAGAGGAAUGAGAUAAAAAUAGAAGUGGAGAGAAGUGUUAGGUAGAAAGUAAAAGACACAGCAGCUUCAGCAUUUUUAAGGACCUGAAACUCUGGAGUGGGGCAGCUACAUCUCCCAGACUGUCCCUGUCCUAAGUGGACAAAGCAAUAUGUCUCUGACAAAGCUCUGGCCAAAGUCACCCUUUCAUGCCAAUAUGACUGUUAUUACUUGUUACCAUGACUGUGAUGAUUUGACCACUAACCUUGCUUGAGCACUUAUUAGGUGUCUGGCACUUGGCUAAGAUGUGACAUCCAUCCUCACAAGAAGCCUUUAAGUUAAAACCUUGGCCUCUGGAGCUGCACUCUGGGUUGGAAAACUGGCCUCUUGGAGCUGUGUGACUUAAGGCAAAUUAAAUCUCUCUCUGAGCCUCAAUUUCCUCAUCUCUCUAAAAUAGGCAUAGUAAUAUACCUAUCUCUCAGGAUCAGAAUGGUUCUAUAAUAGUAUGCUUAUCAAGGGUAGAAAGUAAGCAGUUAUUAACAAUGUCACAUUAUUAAUCACUAUUGAUACUAGCACCAGGAAGACAAAGCUUCUGAUAGUCAUUCUACCCAAGGUCACAGAGCUGAACCAGGUUGGCUAAAUUGGUGGGAUAAGUCCAGGAGUGUUUGGGCCUCCGGGCUUCAGGGCCCAGAGCUGGGGUGGCAUGGCAGGGGCUACUGGACAGGGGCCCAAGCCGCCCGGUGGGUGCUCCAAGCGGCCUCCAGGACCCAGACCCAUUUUCUGAGGCUCGGACUGGCCGGAGACUCAAACUGCUGUUACCUGCCAGGCGGGAUGCGGCGGAUCCUCAGCCCCACGAGGCCGUCUCGCCUAGCGACAAGUAGGGAUGACCGGCCAGCUGCUCUCACCUCGGCUGGGAACCGAUCCCAUGCCAACCCUUGAAGCACAGGCCCAAGCGCGCCUUCCGGGAGCCGCGGGGCACACCGGGAGCCGGUCCGCGCAGCCAAUCCCCGCGCGGGGCGGUGGGGGGGGGGGGGGCAGGCGGCAGUUGCCCGGCAACGGUGGGGGCGCCCAGGCGAGGGCGCGAGGCCUGUAAGGCUGGGCGAGCAAGUGUGGAAGCCGGAGAGGUAGGUGACCUGCAGAUCCCAGAGGAGUCUGCUUUUCCAGUCCCCAGUUCCUUCCCUCCUACCUGGACUUGAAGGAAAGAGAUUAUCAAGACAAAUGAUAAGAAGCAAGAAUAAACCAUGGGAACUAAUAAAAAGAUAUUCAUAUUGAUUGAUCACGUACUGUGGGCCUGGCUCUUUACCGGGAUUAUUUCAUUUGAUCCUCAUUUGAUCUUGCAGGGAAAGUACGAUUCCUGGCCUCAUUUUGUAAACGAUUAACCGGAGGUUUAGACAGAUUAGGCACCUUGCCCAAAGUAACUCAGCUAGAGGGUAGCAAAGCUGGAAUUUGAACCGGGUGGUCCUGAACCCAGGUGGUCUGUGUUCUUACUGAGUCAAGCAGUGGACACCCAUUUCAAUUCAGCAACAGAAGCUGCUAUAGGCCUACCUGCAGGGGCCAAUCCAGGCUUUCUGGGUCCUGAAGCUUAGACAAUUGGGGGGCCCUCUUUAGGAAAAAGAAUAACAAAUUGCAAAUAUAAAAUCAGGUAGAAAAGAAACUUGUUUAGAAUGUAAACAAAACACUGGAUAAUUUUACAAAAACACCUGACCAUGUGAAUGUGUUGCUAGGGCCCUACACAAAGGCAUCCCUGGCCCUUAGCUCCCACUGAAGUCCUUUAUUCAGACGUCAAACUACCUUGCAGGCUUCUCUGCCCUUUCCCCGACUACCCUGCAUCCCAGCCACAGGCCCUCCCUUGGCUGGGCCCUGGCAAUGGGGUUUAGUAGGGCUUUUCUGGCUGUGGCAGCAAGCUUGGCCUGCCCAGUGAGCAAGCUGAAGUGCUAGAGAGUUAACGCCCUUGGUUGGAAGCAGCCCUCAAACACCGAUGGACCCAGAACUGGUAACCGUUGGCAGUCAAGUAGGAUCACGCUAAGAAAUCUUUUAUACCAGUGGUUCUUAGGGUGUGGCCCUGCAGCGCUUAACCUGUUAGAAAUGCACACUCUCAGAUCCUACCCUACACCUACUGAAUCAGAAACUCUGGGUGGUGGGGCCCAGCAGUUGGUGUUUCAACAAGCCCUCCUGGAGAGCCUGAUGCACGCUCAAGUUUGAGAGCCACUGUUCUACCACACUGUUUCCCAGAGUUCCCUGUGGCCUGGAGCUCCCGUGUCUACAAUGGUAACCUGCUCAAUAAUACACCUUUUUUUUUGUCUCCUUCCUUUGCUUGUCUCAUUUCCUCACUCUUCAACUGGGGCUUCCUAGGAUCAUCUCCAAUAAACUACCUGCACUUGAACCCUUGUCUCAGGUCUGCUUCUAGAGGAACACCAGCGCAGUGCCUGAGAGCUAGCAGACUCUUAGUAUUUGUCGGAUGGAUGGAUGGAUGGAUGGAUGGACGGACGGGAGAAAGGCAAAGGACGCUGGGGACCCACCUUGUUUUCUGUGGAUGCGGCUUCAUCCCUUCAACACUGCGGUGUGAUCGCUGCCUGGGAGGCCCACAGUCACAUACUCCCUCUGACGAGCCAUGAGGUGCCACGUCGCUUCCAGCUGCCUCGUGGUCUGGCUGUCUGUGCUGAUCUCUGGAUGCUGCGGCCAGGUGAACCGACUGCCCUUCUUCAUCAACCACUUCUUUGAAACAUACCUGCUGAUCAGCGAGGAUACGCCUGUGGGUUCCUCUGUGACCCAGUUGCUGGCCCGAGACAUGGACAACGACCCCCUGGUGUUCGGCGUGGUUGGGGAGGAGGCCUCCCGCAUCUUUGCCGUGGAGCCUGACACGGGCGUGGUGUGGCUCCGGCAGCCGCUGGACAGAGAGACCAAGUCGGAGUUCACGGUGGAGUUCUCUGUCAGCGACCACCAGGGGGUGAUCACGCGGAAGGUGAACAUCCAGGUCGGGGACGUGAAUGACAACGCACCCACAUUUCAUAAUCAGCCCUACAGUGUCCGCAUCCCUGAGGACACGCCAGUGGGGACGCCCAUCUUCAUCGUGAAUGCCACAGACCCCGACCUGGGUGCAGGCGGCAGCGUCCUCUUCUCCUUUCAGCCCCCCUCCCCAUUCUUUGCCAUCGACAGUGCACGUGGCAUUGUCACAGUGAUCCAGGAGCUGGACUACGAGACCACGCAGGCCUACCAGCUCACCGUCAAUGCCACGGAUCAAGACAAGACCAGGCCUCUGUCCACCCUGGCCAACUUGGCCAUCAUCAUCACAGACGUCCAGGACAUGGACCCCAUCUUCAUCAACCUGCCUUACAGCACCAACGUCUAUGAGCAUUCUCCUCUGGGCACGACAGUGCGUGUUAUCACCGCCAUCGACCAGGAUAAAGGACGUCCCCGGGGGAUUGGCUACACCAUCAUCUCAGGAAAUACCAACAGCAUCUUUGCCCUGGAUUACAUCAGUGGGGCGCUGACCUUGAACGGCGUGCUGGACCGGGAGAACCCCCUGUACAGCCAUGGCUUCAUCCUGACUGUGAAGGGCACAGAGCUGAAUGAUGACCGCACCCCAUCUGAUGCCACAGUGACCACAACCUUCAACAUCCUGGUGAUUGACAUCAAUGACAAUGCCCCAGAGUUCAACAGCUCCGAGUACAGCGUGGCCAUCACUGAGCUGGCACAGGUCGGCUUUGCCCUCCCCCUCUUUAUCCAGGUGGUGGACAAGGACGAGGGCCUGAACAGCAUGUUCGAGGUGUACCUGGUGGGGAACAACUCUCACCACUUCAUCAUCUCCCCCACCUCCGUCCAAGGGAAGGCGGACAUUCGCAUCCGGGUGGCCAUCCCCCUGGACUAUGAGACUGUGGACCGUUACGACUUCGACCUCUUUGCCAAUGAGAGUGUGCCUGACCACGUGGGCUAUGCCAAGGUGAAGAUCACCCUCAUCAACGAGAAUGACAACCGGCCCAUCUUCAGCCAGCCACUGUACAACGUCAGCCUAUACGAGAAUGUCACCGUGGGGACCUCUGUGCUGACAGUCCUGGCAACAGACGAUGACGUGGGCACCUUCGGGGAAGUCAACUACUUCUUCAGCGAUAACGCGGAUCGGUUCUCUCUGGACAAGGACACGGGACUCAUCAUGCUGAUUGCCAGGCUGGACUAUGAACUCAUCCAGCGCUUCACCUUGACAGUCAUCGCCCGGGACGGGGGUGGCGAGGAAACCACAGGCCGGGUCAGGAUCAACGUGUUGGACGUCAACGACAACGUGCCCACCUUCCAAAAGGACAGCUAUGUGGGUGCCCUGAGAGAGAAUGAGCCUUCCGUCACACAGCUGGUGCGGCUCCGGGCAACGGAUGAAGACUCUCCUCCCAACAACCAGAUCACCUACAGCAUAGUCAACGCCUCCGCCUUCGGCAGCUACUUCGACAUCCGCGUGUAUGAGGGCUAUGCCGUGAUCAGCGUGAACCGCCCCCUGGAUUAUGAACAGAUACCCAACGGGCUGAUUUAUCUGACGGUCAUGGCCAAGGAUGCUGGCAACCCGCCUCUGAACAGCACCGUCCCUGUCACCAUCGAGGUGUUUGAUGAGAACGACAAUCCUCCAACCUUCAGCAAGCCUGCCUACUUUGUCUCCGUGGUGGAGAACAUCAUGGCAGGAGCCACGGUGCUGUUCCUGAACGCCACGGACCUGGACCGCUCCCGGGAGUAUGGUCAGGAGUCCAUCAUCUACUCCUUGGAGGGCUCCUUCCAGUUUCGGAUCAGCACACGCUCAGGUGAAAUUACCACCACCACCCUGCUGGACCGUGAAACCAAGUCUGAGUACAUCCUCAUCGUACGGGCAGUGGACGGGGGCGUGGGCCACAACCAGAAAACCGGCAUCGCCACUGUGAACAUCACCCUCCUGGACAUCAACGACAACCCCCCCAGAUGGAAGGACGCUCCCUACUACAUCAACCUGGUGGAGAUGACCCCUCCAGACUCUGACGUGACCACAGUGGUGGCCAUUGACCCAGACCUGGGGGAGAACGGCACUCUGGUGUACAGCAUCCAGCCACCCAACAAGUUCUACCACAUCAGCAGCAGCACAGGCAAGAUCCGCACCACGCACAUCAUGCUGGACCGGGAGAACCCCGACCCCCACGAGGCGGAGCUGAUGCGCAAGAUCAUCGUCUCCGUCACAGACUGUGGCACACCCCCUCUGAGCGCCACCAGCAGUGCCACGGUGUUUGUGAACCUCUUGGACCUCAAUGACAAUGACCCCACCUUUCAGAACCUGCCUUUUGUGGCCGAGGUGCUUGAAGGCACCCCUGCGGGGGUCUCCGUCUACCAGGUGGUGGCCAUCGACCUGGACGAGGGCCUGAACGGGCUGGUGUCCUACCGCAUGCCUGUGGGCAUGCCCCGCAUGGACUUCCUCAUCAACAGCAGCAGCGGCGUGGUGGUCACCACCGCCGAGCUGGACCGCGAGCGCAUCGCUGAGUACCAGCUGCGCGUGGUGGCCAGCGACGCGGGCGCACCCCCCAAGACCUCCACCAGCACGCUAACCAUCCGAGUGCUGGAUGUGAAUGACGAGACACCCACCUUCCACCCUGCCACAUACAACGUCUCCAUGUCCGAGGAUGUGCCGCGGGACUUCCGGGUGGUCUGGCUGAACUGCACCGACAACGACGUGGGCCUCAACGCUGAGCUCAGCUACUUCAUCACAGGUGGAAACGUGGAUGGGAAGUUCAGCGUUGGCUACCGCGACGCCGUCGUGAGAACGGUGGUGAACCUGGACCGGGAGACCACAGCCUCAUACACGCUCGUCCUGGAGGCCAUCGACAAUGGCCCCGUGGGCAAGCGGCGCACAGGCACGGCUACCGUGUUUGUCACCGUCCUGGAUGUGAAUGACAACCGGCCCAUCUUUCUGCAGAGCAGCUAUGAAGCCAGCGUCCCCGAGGACAUCCCUGAGGGCCACAGCAUCGUGCAGGCAGGUGGCGGCCGGGGCACAGGCAGGGCCACGCGCUCAGUGGCCUCGCAGCAGAGCGGGAUGGAAAUAGGAGAGGGUCCAGCUGCUGCUCCAAAAGUAGCCGGCGCUGUGGCCAAGGGGGGGCCCAGGCUCCCUUCUCCCUCCUGGGGAGAGUAG